AGAUCUGCUGCUAGGGAGGCCGGCCCGCCUGCAGAGGGGGCAGCACCGACCCCUCAAGUCCCUCCCCUCCCAGAUCCCCAGCCAGUCUCCCGCUGCCGCCGCCCCCGAUCUGGCAGGCAGUCCUAGCGCAGGCAGGGGAGACCGCCACGCUCCCAGCCUCAGCCCCUCGGCUCCGCCUGCUCUCCGGCUCCGCCAUGGCUCAGCCGAUUGAGGUGGGCGGCUGGGACGGCGCAGGGCAACAAGAGGAUGCAUUGGGAGAGGAGGAGCAAUACGAGGCUUGGUCCCGGACUAAGAAUCCGGUGCAGAUUCGAGUAGCCAUCCAGGCGGCCGAAGAGGAGGGGGAGAAGAGGUUGGGGCCGCGAUGGGGGGGCAUCGGGGAAGGGGAAGACGACGGGGACUCGGCUCGCUAUCUCAGCCCCGGAUGGGGCAGUGCCAGCGAGGAUGAGCCUAGCCGCGGGCACAGUGGUACGACUACAAGCGGAGGAGAGAAUGAUGGUUCUGACCAGGACCAGGACUGGAAGCCACCAAGCUAUGAGUUAAUCUUGAAGCUGGUUGAUCAGAUUGAGUUCUAUUUCUCGGAUGAAAACCUAGAAAAAGACGCCUUCCUCCUCAAACACGUUAGAAGGAACAAGCAGGGCUAUGUGAGUGUCAAGCUACUCACAUCUUUCAAGAAGGUGAAACACCUUACUCGGGACUGGAGAACCACAGCCUAUGCUUUGAAGUAUUCAGAGACACUGGAGUUGAAUGAGGAUCAUCGGAAGGUGAGGAGGAUUACACCUGUUCCUUUCUUUCCUGUUGAAAAUCAACCCAGUAGGAUGCUGCUGGUCUAUGACCUCCACUUGUUCCCCAAGCCAUGGGCUCUGGCUGUGCUUCAGGAGAAUGGAAGACUGCAGGAAAAGGUCAUGGAGCAUCUUCUUAAGAUCUUUGGAACAUUUGGAGUCAUCUCAUCUGUACGAAUUCUCAAGCCAGGGAAAGAGUUGCCUCCAGACAUCCGGAAGUUUAGCAGCCGGUACAGUCAAGUAGGGACUCAAGUGUGUGCAAUUGUGGAGUUUGAAGAGGUAGAUGCUGCCAUCAGGGCCCAUGAGUCCAUGAGCAUGGGAUCUCCAAGCAAAGGCAGCAUUAAAGUUGUCCUCAUUGGUAUGAAAGCACCCAAGAAGAAGGCACCAAAAGAUAAGAACCAGGAGGAGGAACCUGCCGUGAGCUUCCACCAAAAUAAGACCCUAAAUAAGAGAGUGGAGGAGCUUCAGUACCUGGGUGAUGAGUCAUCAGCUAAUAGCUCCUCAGACCCAGAGAGUAAUCCGACAUCCCCCAUGGCAGAACGCCGAUACAUGGCCUCCAGCAAGCUUAGUCCUUCCAUCUAUCAAAACCACCACCUGAGUCCAAAUGCCUCCCCUCGCUCAAGUCCUUGGAACAGCCCUCUGGUGCAGCGCAAAGGAGUGUCCAAGAAAUCUCCACUGGCUGAGGAUGUCACACUGAACUCUAGUGCCAGCCCUGAGAUUGUUCAGAAGUGUAUGGAUUAUUCCUCAGACAGCAGCAUCACUCCCUCCAGUAGCCCCUGGGUGCAGAGACGUCGACUAGCCCAGUGGGGAACACGUGAGAAAAGUCCGGCAGCCAGCCCGCUACUCACCCGGAAAGUCCAGAAUGCAGAUGGGUCACCUGUGGGAGUACUGAGGUUGCCAAGAGGCCCUGAUGACACCAAAGGAUUUCAUGGAGGGUACGAAAGAAAAAGGGUCUUUGUCUAAACAUAGUUCACCAUCAGUACCAGCUUCAUAGAAAAACCACCUUUAUUUUCCUGAGUCCAACAAAACAUGAUCAAGGACUGUCUCAAGUACAAGUUUCAAUGUUUAUAUUGGUGUAAAUUUCUUAAUUUAUAUAUUUGUAUUGGCAGGCAACUACCUUUUAAAGAAUGUCUCCUGCUUCCAAACAACCAUUUAUCCUGGUAUGGUCACUUUGAUAAUGCCACAUAUAUGUAAACAUAAUGGUACUAAACAGGAAUGGGAGAGACUCUCUAGGAAAGAUUGAAUAGAUACUAUUUUUCUGCUUUUUUUUUUUAAAUAAACCUCCGUUGAGAUGGGGUAUGUGUAGAGAUUGUGCUACCAUUUAGAGUCCAAGGAGUCUAGUGUGGGUGUGGCUUAAAGACCAAAAGUUUUUAAUGACAGCCUAGUUGACUGAUGACUUACGUGGUUACUCUCCUAUAGUCAAGUCAGUAAACAUUUAUUAAGUGCCCACUGUGUGCCAGGCACUGUGCUAAGUACUGAUCUUUUAAGAUCAAAACAAAAAUGUAUAUUUUCUCUUAUAAGUGAAUUAAAAGAAAAAAUAUAGGAAUGAUUGGCUCUAGGGUCCCGGAUUCAUCUUGGCCCAUUGAUAUGAAGAGCUGGCCCAUCAUUUGGAAUCAGUGAAUUGGCUAUCUAGUCCCAAUGGAAGAGGAGGGACUGAAUAAGAGAAUCAUUGAUUCAAAAGCAUGGCCAAUAGGUCACAGUGAAACAAGCUUAGCUUUCUCAGAUUCCUUCCCCCAUUUCAUUAAAUAGCAGGAGGGAGGAAAAGCAAUGAUUUUAUUGUACAGACUUCCAUUAUGUGAGUGAAGCUUAUGACUGUAAUUAUUUGACAGAUUUUUUUCAUUUUCUUAAGCAGGAGAGAUUGUGUGGAGGUGGAGUUACUGUAUAUUCCUGUACUGUUUUGGCCUCCAGGGCACGCUGGUUGGGGUCCAGUGCUAGAGAUACAUUCAAAAGUAGAUUUCAGAUUCUUUUAAUACACCUUCUGUUUUCAAGGGGACGAAAGGGGAAAGAUUUGUCUUUCACAAACCAUGUCCUGCAGUCUCAUUGACUUCUCCAAUCAACCAAUGAUUCCUCACGUUCCUGCACUGUGUACACACACACACACACACACACACACACACACACACACACACACACACACGAACACAAUUGGACCUUACUGCAAGGUGGAGAAACUCCAAGGUAAAAGUUUCUAGAGUUAAUAUUUGCUGUGGUGUCAGGUUACCUGACACAUCAUAGCAUCCAGUUACUCUGCAUUAAGCAGUCUUCUCCAGGUAUAGCUUGCUGGCCAUUUACUUGUUAAAAUCCUUGGGUUCUUUCCAGCUUAUGACAAAGUCUUCCUUUUGCAUUUUUCCCAAAGCCAGGCAAGCUGGGUCUUAUGUCUUGGAAAUAUUGUGCCAUCCUCUCCUUGUUUUUCCUUUUCUUCCUUUCUCCCGGAAUGUUUACAUGCUGUCCUUCUCCUUUGGUAAUGGCAUUUGUCCUUGCUUCCACACAAUAAACUAAAAAUGUCCAGGUCA